AUGCAGCCAGGCGCCAAACCAGACCACGUCACCGCCCACACUCAAGACCCUGACAUGCUGCCCCUCAAUCAACGGAGACAGCUGAAGAGCCUGGGUUUUGGCCUGGGCAGUGGACAUGACCAGUGGGUGCCCAUGGGCCAGGCUGAGAGCAGAGGCCCUGCCGCCACCCCCUCUCCAGGGACAGGGCUUCGCCAGGAGCCAUGCCGUGUCCAGACCAACCUGGGCAGCCCUAGCCCCCGCCUGGGCCUCGCCCUGAAGGACUCGACCAGCCGGCUGACCAACUCGAGCUUCCGGCAGCAGAGCAACCUGCACCCCCUGGGAGACCUCCCCAAGGGGAGGGUCAGGGAGUGUGCCGUCCGGCAGAGUAACCUGAGCAUAAGGGAGACCAAUGUGGCCAAGUGCGGAAGUCGCGCCAGCCCCCACGUCUGGUCGGAGCCUCAGAAAAGCUUCUGGCCCCGUGUGAUGGGCAGGGGAAGCCCCCCACCCCGAAGGCCACUGCCUCGCUCACCUUCCAGCCCGAGGCGGUCCCAGCUGUCGGCCACAGACACCCCCUGCCCAGACUUCAGGCCCACUGUGGGCCGUGCCCCUCUCAAUGGGCACACACGGCCAGGCUCCAGAUGCGGGUGUGGCCUGGGGAACUGGAUCACCAGGCUCACGGGGGAACCCCUCACCCUGGAUGACCUGGCUGUCCCUGCUCGGACUCAAGCUCGGGCCCCGUCCCAGGCUGCCAUCUCCCAGCUGCUGGCCUCUGUGCGACACCUGGAGCACGAGGCAGCCCACCUGGGGUGCCGGUUGUCCCAGCAGGAGCCCUGGACCAGUGAUGGCCAGGCCUUCCCUGCCGGCACCCAGCCCAGCCAGUCUGGUCUUGCUUACUGGGAUGAGAGGAAGAAGCACCCCCGAAGUCUCAAGGGGACUUCAGAUUGGCCAGAGAUGCCAGGGGUCCAGGCUGAUCUCCGGAAUUCUCACUCCAAGCUGGCGGUUCCUACGCUGCCACACCCCCAUUCCUCAGAAAGGGAGGCCUUAGGGAAGCAGGCUCAGCCGGGGUGUCCUGUCCUGCUUGCUUCUUGGCCUGAGAGCUGUCUUGUCCUUUUGUUUUCCAAGAACAAAGCCCGACACACUGUGAGCCUGGAGUCCGAGACAGCGUGCUGGCAGCUGCUGUCCAGAUGUUUCCGAGCCUGGCAGCACUUGGCGUGGAGGAGGCGGGCAGUGGCGGCGGCGUUGGCCCUGGGCCACCGGCAGCUGUUGCGCAGAGGCCUGCAGGCCCUGCGGUGGACACUGCGGCUCCGGGACGCCCAGCUGAAGGUGGCGUGGAGGCGACACACGCAGGCCCUGCUGGCCCGGAGCUUCCAGAAGUGGAAAAACCUGACUCUGCAGCAGAAGCCAGGGCAGCCCCAUAUCCAGGCUGGGCUAGGACCCCCACCCUCUGGGCGAGGCCAAGGCAAAGGCCCCUCACGAAGGAAGCCAGUGGUGGACCCCACCCAGAGAAGCAGGUGCUUUGGGGCCUGGCAGCAAUUAGCGAAAAGAGGGACGGGGUCCCAGCACCACCAGGCCGACCACCAGGCAGGGCCCCUGAGGCUGUGCCUGAGACGAUGGGUGGGGAUGAAGCAGCUCCAGGCCUCGGAUGGGGCGAAGGUGACCCAGCUGUCCCUCUGCCAGCAGAAGGCGGGGAACAUGGUCCUCCACAGCUCAGACUCUGGAAGGGCCACAGCCCAUGGCCUGGUGAUGGUGGCCCAGGCCCUGGGGCUGCCCCAGGAGCAAGGCCACGGCUCCUUGCAGAAGGGCGGCGGGAGACUGGCCCUCCACCGGGCACUGCUGCUAUGGAGGAGGCAGCUUUCCCUGUGCCAGCGAGCCACGCACUCACCUGCCCCUUCCUUUUGCUCCUUCUUCCAGGGCACCCAGCGACAGGUGCUAAGGCACACCCUGAGGAUGUGGCGCUUGAGGGUGUGGGAUUCGGGCAACCCAUCAGGCAGUGCCAGGACCACCUCGGCCCCAGAACCGCUAGGCAGCGUCCCUGGAGGGGAGGCCUCGCUGGGCUGCAGCUCACUGGGGAAGGCUUCCAGAGUUCCUGUCCUCCUGGAGACCCUCAGGCUGAGCUUUCUGUGGGCAGCUGGGCAGAGGCAGCAGGGGCGGUGCCUUCUGCUCUGGCGGGGGAGGGCCCAGCGAUCCCGGCUUGCAGCAAAGUGGCACCAGCACGCUCUUCAGAGGCGCACCCUCCUUGGCUGGAGCCACUGGGCAACAGCCCACAGGGCCCGGAGAGAGCUGGCUGCCCGCUGGGCCUGGGAUCGGAGCUGCAGGGCCACGCUGGGGAUCUGGCGGCAGCGGCUGGAGCAGUGGCAGGAGGCAGAGCAGCGGGCCGGGGAGCGAGGCCAGAGACUGGUGCGUGACGCCCUGUGCCGCUGGCGUGCUUGUUGGCACAGGCAGCAGUUCCUGCAGGGACAAUACCAGAGGUGGGUGCAGGUCCACCUCCAGGGCCUGCGAAGGGCCGCGUUCCGGGGCUGGCAGCAGGUGGCAGCUCGUCGGAGACACACGGUGGCCAGGUCAGAGCAGCUCCUACUGCAGAGCCACUUCCAGGCCUGGCGUGGACUUGCGAGACGUGCGCGGACACUCCAGGCCCAGCAGCAAGCUUUCCAGGAUGGCCUGCGGAGAUGGGCACUGGGGGCUGCAUUUGCCAUGUGGCGCAAAGGCCGAGUGGCCACAGCUCGGGCACGAGAGCAGCGUAUGGCCCGGGCCUCCAUUGCCCACUGGAGAAGCCACGUGCAGGGGCGCCGGGUGGACAAGCAGCAGAGGAGGGCCCAGGCCCAGCAGGCCUUCGUAGCAUGGCGAGAGGCCCUGGGCCGGUACUGCAAGGCCCGCCAGCCGCCAGAGGAGAGAGCUCAGGCCCAGGCCCAGGCCCAGGUGGCCCUGUGCUGGACGCUGUGGGUGCGUGAGUCCCGCCUACACCGGCUCAGCCAAGCCCACGCUGCCCGGAAGCUGAGUGCCAGAGUCCUAGAGGCCUGGGCACGGUCGGCAGCCCAGGGCCGAGUCCAGCGGGUUGCCAUUGCCCAGUUCCAGCAGGCCGGGCUCAGGCUCCUCCUGCAGACCUACUGGGCUCAGUGGAGGACAGCGCUGCUCAGAGUGUGGCUGGAACCUCGGGUGGAGGAGGCCAGCACAGCCCAUCCCAGGCCCAAGGCCCAUCUCAGGCACCAACCUGGACUGGCGGGCAAAGGACACCUCCUUGUGCUGAUGGAUGCUGCAGCCCCGUGGAAGGCAGCUGGGGUAAGAGCAGCUGCAUGGAGGAGGUGGGGUUGGGGGCCAGGGCUAGGGGCUUGCCUGAGCCUUAACCAGAGCUGGGCCCAUCUGGCCAGGGCUGGUUACUGCAGGAUCCUGGAGGAGCGAGACCAGGCCGGGGGCUCUGCCUUUUUCCUGGCCAUGAAGGGGUCAUGAUGCUCUUGGCAUCAGGAUACACACAGGGCCUCUCCCCCGCCCCAGGAAGAAAUACUGGCAACACUGGCGCCUCGAGGCACUGCUUCGCCGGCUCCAGGGCGCCCAGCAGGCCAGGUGCCUGGCGGCGACAUGGCAGUGCUGGGUAGAUGCUCAGGGGACGGAGGAGCUGGCACGCACGCUGGUGAGUGGGGGCUGCUGGGGCGUGCAGGUACCCGAGGCAGCAGUGGGGCAAGUUCGGGGCCUGCUCAUCAACUGUCCCCACAGCUCAGGCAGUGGCACCUGAGACGGGCUUGGCGAACUUGGCGGCAGCGGGUCGUGCAGCUGAGGGUGGCUCGGCGACUACACCAACAAGAUGAUGGCUGGGUCCUUUCUCAGGUAUUUGGUGGGGCAGCCCCUGUCCCCCAGCGGUCCCCUCCGAAACCGACACUGUACCUAGACACUUCUGAGCUGUGCAGGGCCUUUGAGAAGUGGCACCAGAGCCGGGCAGCCAGGGGUCCGAGAAGGGGAGCUACCAGCAGUCCGAGACCGCUGAGCAAGGCGGGCAUCAGGAGUCCUGACAGCAGGCUGCAAGCUGCCCGAGCCCCUGCGUGUGAACGGGCUCGAGGCGGGACAGAGGGCCCAGGUGUAGCUGUGACUUGUUCCCACGGAAAGAAAAACAGAAGUGAGCCCGGCCUUCCCAAGGAAGGCACCAUGCCCCACGUUCCAGGAACUGCAGGCUGUCAGGCCGUGGGGUGCUCACCUACGGCCUGGUGAUGGAAGGGACAGCUCUGUCCUAGCCAUUCCUCUUGCUCCGUCUCCCGUGAAGGCUGCCUCUCUGCCCCGGCCGGCCAGCCAGGAAGGAAGAUGUGCUGACGACUGCAUUCACCUCCCGUACCAUCGGCCUGCUCUUUGGACCCCCUCCUUCCGCUGAGCCAGCAGGCAGGGGCAGGGAACAGCCUGUGUACAUCUGCCGGUCACCGCCUGGACAGCAGGGCUUGAGGGCUGACUCUUGGGGAGCAGUGCCAGGCAGACUCAGGGAUGGGACAGGCAGAGGGAGGGAGCAGUUGGCAGGAGGAUGUCGCACCUAAAAUACAAGCCAUAAGUCCUGCUUGAUCGAA